AUGUCGCCGAACUCGCUGUUGGAGUGUUUCGAUACGAUUGGGGAGAACAUACACCUGUUCGAAUCUCCUGAGCAGAUCUCGCCAGAUCCCGCCUCGCCGUCCCUGGUGAUCCUGUGCACGUGGGUGGGGGGUGCGACACCACGACGCAUCAAUAAGUACCUGGCGCAGUACCGGGAGAUCUACCCAACCUCGUCUCUCCUCCUAGUCACAACCAAUGUUUCCGACAUAGCCUUCCGGCCCUCGAGUUGGAUCCGUGCUAACUUGAAGCCCGCCCGCGAGGCGAUCCGCCGGAUCGUCGGCCGUGAGAUCGCCGUGGACACGGCUGAGACCAGUGACCGGCGCGGCGUCCUACUUCAUCUCUUCUCCCACGGCGGCAGCAACAUCGCCACUCAACUCGCACUGUCUAUGAAAGAAGAAUAUGACCAUGGCGCAUCAUUUUUCUCGAAUCUUCGCGCUAUCAUCUUGGACUGUUGCCCCGGUGAUGAUACAUUCGCGCGGCUGUAUGCGGCGACGCGGCUCUCCAUACCCCAGACGCCUGUGGCACAGUUCUUGGGGAAGACUGUUAUGUACCCUGCAUUGGCUGUGGUCAAUGGAUUCCAGCAUGCCGGUCUGGCCCGUGCAGUGAAAGACCUUCGGGACCUUAUGAAUGACCCUACUACGUUUAGGUCGGAACCGAGACGGUUGUACAUCUAUUCCAAGGAAGAUUUCAUGGUUGGAUGGGAGGCAGUCCAAUCGCACCUUCAAGACGCACAGUCUCGGGGGUAUUCCGUCAGUCAAGUCCUCUUUGAGCAAGGUCCCCACUGUGGGUUGGUCAUCGAAGAUCCCCAUCGCUACUGGGAUGCUGUCAAGAAGUUCUGGGGCGGUGAUGAGGUUUGGGAUGUGACUCCUAGCACAGAGAAACAAGCCGGUGUUCGCAGCCGACUAUGA